CUGUUCUUUCACUUUUGCUAUUUCAACUGUGCUAGCACGUGUUAGUUGUGGUUCCACGUUUAUUUUCGUAUAGAUUUUUAUAAUUAAUUGAAAUAGAAGUGAUUUAAAUAAUGGCUACAAAUGAGCAAUUAAUAUCAGCACUCGUGCUAGAGUAUUUAAAGAAAAGAGAUAAGAAUUUGGCUAAAGUAUUUCAACAGAAAACAAAUGCGGGUGUCGUCGGUAAAGGCUUUCCUAAGUUGGAACAAAUUAUAGAAACCUACCAACAAAGUAAUAAGAAGAAGGUACCUGUGAUCAAAGCAGUUGCAGGUAAUUCUAGUGAUGAGGAUAGUUCUUCAGACGAAGAGGAAACAACAGCACCACAGGCUAAAAAACCUAAUGUAGGUUUAACCAAUGGUAAGGCUGUUGCAUCGAAAGCUAAGGCUCAAGAAUCCAGCUCCGAAGACAGUAGUUCCGAAGAGGAAACUGCACCGGUUGCUAAAAAACCAGAACCCAAAGCUAAGAAAGAUGAAUCUUCAAGCGAAGAUAGUUCUGAAGAUGAGAAACCCGCACCAAAAAAUAAUGUAAACAAGUCUGUGCCACAAAAAGCGAAAGAGAGCUCUUCUAGCGAAGAUAGUUCUGAUGACGAACCACAAGUAAAAGCACCUGCCAAACCUGUUGUUGCAAACAAAGUGCCACAGAAACAAAAGCAGGAGUCAAGCAGUGAAGACUCUGAUAGUGAAGAAGAAACUAAACCAUCAAAAGCUCCAGUGACUAAACAAGUGGUAAAGAAAGAUGAUACUGAAGACAGUUCCGAAGAUAGUGACAGUGAUGAAGAAGAGGCAAACCCCGCACAGAAACCGGCACCGGCCAAAGUUGCUCCCGUACAGAAAAAAGCCGAUUCCGACAGCUCCUCUGAAGAAAGUGAAGAAGAUGAAAAACCCACCAAGGUUGCCCCAGCUAAAACCAACGCAGCUGUAAAAGCAGCAAGUUCUUCGGAUUCAGAUUCUGACAGUGAAGACGAAAAACCCAAUGUAGCCGCUGCAAAGAAACCCGUAGUUAAAACAGCUACUGUUGCAAAGAAAGCUGACUCAUCUAGUGAGGAAGACAGCUCAGAAGAAGAGGCAAAACCAGCGGCCAAAAAGGUAGCAGCAAAGAAGGAAUCCAGUUCUGAUGACAGCUCUAGUGAUGAAGAAACUCCCGCAGUAUUACCAGCUGUGAAAAAGAGUGCAGCCCCUGUCAAAACCAAGAAAGAUUCAAGUUCCGAAGACAGCUCAUCCGAGGAUGAAGAGCCUCCGGCUAAGAAAGCAGCACCCGCUAAAGCUGUUGCACCACCAAAAAAGAAAGAUUCCAGCUCUGAGGAUUCAUCCUCUGAUGAUGAACCACCAGCAAAGAAGCAAGCCGUAGGAGCUGUUAAGGCCGUUGCUGUAAGCAAGAAAGCUGAAUCCUCAAGUGAUGACAGUGAUUCAGAUGACAGCGAAAAUGAAAAGGCUAAACCUAAGCCCAAAGUUGUGGCACCAGCAAAGGCACAAAAGAAAGACGAAAGCAGCUCAGAUGAUGACGAUGACGAUGAUGAUGAUGAUGACGAAGAGGAGACAGUCCAAGAAACGCCCAAACCAAAAGUUGGAGAAAAGCGAAAAUUCGACGACUCUGCUGCUGGAAAAAAUCAACCUAAAAAUAAUUACAGUAAUUUUGUAAAAAGUGGCGAAGGCAAGAGUGAAGGUGGAGACUUUAAAUUUAGACGAGGCGGCGGCGGUGGCUUUGGUGGUCGUGGAGGCGGCAGAGGUGGAAGAGGUGGUGGUGCAGGUGGUGAUGGAAAUGACGGUUUCAAAAAGUUUGGAGAUAGAAAAUCAUUUGGAGGUUUUGAAAAUGGCGGUGGCGGUCGUGGUGGACGUGGUCGUGGCGGUUUUGGAGGUGGCGAUCGUGGUCGUGGCGGUUUUGGUGGUGGUGAUCGUGGUCGUGGUGGAUUUGGAGGUGGUGAACGUGGUCGCGGUGGAUUUGGUGGCGGUGAUCGCGGCCGUGGUGGAUUUGGUGGACGUGGUCGUGGUUCAGGACGUGGAAACUUUGGUGGAGCGAAUAAACCCUUCAACAAAUCAUUCGAUUCAUCAGCGUCACAUAAUAAAAAGAUCACAUUCGACGAUUAGACUAAGAUAAAUCAGUGCAAAAUAUUUCAAAAACUAAAACCAACAACAUAACAAUUUCGUUAACAUUUCACCGACUAUUUUAAAUACGCUUGUGUUAUUUGUGUUGUGAUGAUUUCGAAAACCUUAAUUUUAUUGCUUUACAGAGAAAUGCAUCAGGUUCGUGGGGUGAACGAGCGAACAAAGAUUUGAAAUAUACACGUGGAAAGUCAUUUAAACAU